CUAGGCACUGGUAGGCACCUAAGGCACCAACUACCAAGCAUCCCGGAUGCUUCGUUCGUUAGCCAUGUUUUACAGUCAAAUAUGGUCAGUGAGCUCGUUGUGUGAAAAUGCGUGCCACGGAUAUGAGAACCGAUCUGUCGUGUAAACGGCUGCGACGACGACGGUAAGGACGGGCCGGUGCGAGAGCGACUGAGGGCGACCUGGGCGACGACCGGACGGACGCGAGUGGCAUGCGCUCGCACCUCCGGCGGAACAUCGCUUGCGCGUCCGACGACGGUGGUCGUCCUCGGAAGCGGUGCUGCUGAUCUCAACGGUCCCCGAGGCCUCUCCUUUACUCUCGACUCCGGUCUCGACUCCGAGCGCGCCGCGUCGGAGCCUGUUUGUCUGACGGACCUGCUGACAGAGCUCAAUGGAGCCGCGUCCUUUCACCAUCCUGCUGGCUUUGUUGUUGACAACGCUCGCACGAGUCAAUGCGGGAGGCUUGGACUUUACCAUCGAGCCGCGGGAUGUGGUGGUGGAACAGGGAGGUUCUGCGAGCCUGGACUGCGAUGCAAAGAGUGUCCUCGGGACGCCGAGUAUACAAUGGCGCACGGAUGACGGACAGCCAAUCACUUUUAUCGGGGACAGUUAUCGAUCACAGCUAGCAAAUGGGUCCUUGUACAUAAAUAGCGUAUACGCUGGUAGUGCAGAAUUAAUUGGAAGUUAUCAGUGCUUAGCAUCCAUAGACAAUGUUGGAGCGAUCGUCUCUCGGACAGCCACAAUCAAACUAGCAAGUCUCCCCGGCUUCGAAAGAGAACCUCAAGACACCAUGGUUUAUGCGGGACAGAUUGCAUAUUUGAGUUGUGCGCUACCGGCUUCCUCGAGUUUGUUAAAAAUACAAUGGUUAAAAAACGAACAUCCUUUAGUACUUGAUGAAAGUCGAAUGACAAUCCUGCCUUCAGGCGCGUUGGAAAUCGACAAUGUUCAGUAUCACGAUGUGGGAUCAUACAGAUGUAACGCUAGUGGCUAUGGUCAAUACAGACUGAGUAAUAAAGCACAAUUAGGAUUAUUAUCUAGUGAUAUUGAUGAGGGUUCUAGUGCUCCAGUAUUCGUUGCACAACCCUUGCAACAAAUAGUUACCGAGGGAUCCGAUGUGACCUUGGAAUGCGCUGCCAACGGCUAUCCGAAACCGUCGAUUUUUUGGCUUAAAGACGGCGUCGCUCUCGAUUCGACGUCGCAAGACUCUAGAUAUCACAAAGUCGCAGCCUCUAGUCUCGUGAUUACGAAUGUCAAAGAAUCGGAUCACGGUUCGUAUCAAUGUCGCGCGGAAAAUAUGGUCGACUCUCUGGACGCAGUUGCCGAAUUAAUCGUUCAAGUUCCACCGAAGUUUAUAAAGAAGCCGGAGGAUAAAAUAGCGAGUGAAAGUCAAGAUCUAGAAUUCGAAUGCGAAAUCUAUGGAAAACCAGAACCAAAAAUUACUUGGCUAAAGAAUGGCGAGCGUAUUACAUUAAGUGCAUAUUGGCAAAUUGUCAAUGGAUACAAUCUGAGAAUUAAUGGACUAUUACCCAUAGAUGCUGGAAUUUUUCAGUGCAUGGGAGUGAAUCCUGCUGGUAGUGUUCAAGCUUCAGCACGUCUCACAAUCAACCAGCCCAAGAGAACGAAUCUCUAUAGAACAACUCCCAAGACAGUUCCUAAGAAAAAAUUAUUAUUACACCGACAAUUGUAUAAUAAAACGUGGCAACAUCCCAGUACUCUCCUAGGACAUACGUUUUCGUCGAAUAUGCCGAGUCCUCCGCUUUCGAUAAGUCCUUCUGAUGAUCCUGCGGAUCUUCUUCCGAACUCGUUUAAGUAUCCUAAUCCCCUUUACGAUCCAAACUCCCGUUUUGUAGAUGAUACAGAUACCUUAGAAGCAUUCGAUGGUGGUGGCAUACCUUCUCCACCGAGGAACCUAAGUCUUGUCAUCGUUACCGCGAGAUUUGUUACGCUACGCUGGCAAGAGCCAGAAAAUGCAAACAGCGACGCUCUUAAUUAUUUCGUAUAUUAUAAACAGGAAGGGGCCAUGAGGGAGAGAGUUGCCAACUCGCUGCAGAAACUAGAAGCCAUGAUACGCGGUUUGCAACCGGGUAUGACGUAUCAAUUCCAUGUAGUUGCGCAAAAUUCUCGGGGAACCAGUGCUCCUAGUGAAGUAUUACAAGUUACAACGCUAAUAGAGGCCAAUGUUCCUGGAUUUCCGAUGAACCUGGAAGGUCAAUCAACAAGCAGCAUGAGUAUUACCUUAUCGUGGGAGGAGCCCCAAGUUAUUAACGGUCGAAUAUCUAAAUAUAUAAUUACGUUUAUGGAGGGCGAUGGUGAGGAAAUAACGCGUGAAACUACCAGUACAACAUAUGAAUUGGUAGAUCUUGUGCCUUAUACGGAGUACAGUAUUAGAGUUCAAGCAGUCAACGAAAAUGGCCCGGGCGCAUUUAGUAAGGAUAUCGUUAUACGGACUUACAGCGCACAACCGACGCAACCACCGCAUAACGUUACUUUAGAAGCAGCUAGUUCAACGAGUAUUAUCAUAAGAUGGGAACCUCCACUCGAGGGACAGAAUGGGAUCAUCACAGGUUAUAGAAUACGCUACCGUAGAUAUCCGCACGAUUCUCGAUCUGGGGAUCGGCGAUCCCCGAUCACGAUAACAACUGAAGGAAAUCAACGUUUGUACGUGCUCACUGGGCUCGAGAAGCACGUUGUGUAUCAAGUCCGCAUAUGUGCCUUCAACGUCAAUGGAACUGGGCCUUGGACAGAAUGGACGAAAAUAGAGACAUACGAGAACGAUUUGGAUGAGACGAAGGUACCUAAUGCACCCAGUAAUCUGAGAGCAAAUGCUAUGGCGGAUUCUAUAUUAGUAUCAUGGCAUCCCCCGAAAGAUCAAAGUAUCAAAGUGAGAAAGUAUAAAUUAGGCUGGGGCAAAGGUUACCCCGAUGUCGAGAUACAAGUUCUUGAUGGAAAACAACGUUCUUAUGCUAUUAAGCCUAUAGAACCAACAAUGGAAUAUGUAAUAUCUCUAAGAGCAACGAAUAAUGUUGGUGAUGGUCAACCAGCAUACGCAAACGUAAGGACUCCCGAACGUUUUGUAUCUGAAUCUGCAGUGCCUUUAAUACCACCCGUUGGCCUUAAAGCUAUCGUGCUGUCGGCUUCUACCGUUGUGCUGUAUUUACCAGACUCAUUUCUCGAAAAAUACAAGUAUAUCACCGAUAGUCGAUACUACGUGGUGCGUUAUACAUUCUACCAUCACAGCAGCAACCCACGAUACAGAUUUUAUAAUGCUACCGAUCUCAACUGUAUGAUUCACGACUUAAAGCCCAAUACGCAGUAUGAGUUUACAGUUAGAUUGGUCAAGGGUAAACGAAACUCACCGUGGAGUAUGGUCGUUCUAAAUCAAACUCAAGAGGCUGCACCUAGUACGGCACCUAGGGAUCUUAUUAUUCAAACCAUCGAAGAUCGUCCAACCUCUGUUCUAUUGCGAUGGCAACCUCCUAAACAACCCAACGGACAAAUCACAGGAUAUCUCAUAAUUUAUUCCACUGAUAAUACGAAAUGGGAUCGUGAUUGGCUGGUCGAAGGUGUCAUCGGAGACAAAUUGGAUGCCGUUGUGAAGGGUUUGCAUCCUAAUACGGCAUAUUAUUUUAAGAUCCAAGCUCGCAACUCCAAAGGAUAUGGACCAUUCUCUACGACGGUUUCAUUUAAAACGCCACCAAACAAUGGCAUGGAUGAUGAAUUGCAUGGUCGAGAUGGACGAAGUUUCUCUAAUCUAUUGAUUUACAUCAUAGUCGGUCUUUCGAUCGUCUUUGUCACUGCUAUAUCAGUAGUGAUUGUAGUGUGCUGCAAAUGUAAUCCAAGUUCACCAGAUCGCAAGAAAGGAUACAUGAAAGAUUCAUCAAGUCAGAAGACGAACAUCAAGCCACCGGAUUUGUGGAUUCAUCACGAUCAAAUGGAGCUGAAGGCACUUGAGAAAUCUUCGUUAAAUGGCGAAGCCUCCACCAGUGGAGUCACCAGUAAUACAUUACCUAGAUCGGGCAAUCAGGAAUACAAUCAAGAUAAUAUACAUGGGAAUUCCAGUUCACUGGAUAAACGUACUUACGUGCCAAGUUAUAUGGGUAACACUGAUGAGAAGUGCUCGACCCUGAGCAGGCAGCACAGUCGUGGAAGCCACAAAUCUAAAUUAAUUACACUCCCCAUUGACAGUGCACCUUUGCAUCAGCCCAUAGCCACGGCGACACCGAUUGUGAAUAGCAGCAUGUCGCAGCCGACCAUCCACACCUCGUGCAGCGAUACAUCGUCGGUGAGACAGAAUUAUCCGCGAACCGUCGCGCAAUACAGCUUAAAUCGCGCGCACGUUACGUUGGAACCAACCCCUGAAUCCAGCCCGGAUUCUUGCAUACCUAGUUCAUACGAACCAUUGCAGAAUCAGUUGUCAUAUGGUACGAGUGGACAGUCGUACAGUGGAAACACUCAAUACGCCUCCGGUCAUUAUGGCAACAACACUCAACCGGUAAGCAGCGCCGUUGGGGAGAGCAACACAAGCAAACGGUUGCAAGGGCAUCCCCUGAAAAGUUUCAGCGUGCCAGCUCCUCCGCCGCAGAGUGCUCCUUCAACACCAGCGCAGCAGAAGCACGGUGUGUCACAUGUGACAGUAAGGCCAACAAUGUCUGGGAGUCCGUAUAAGAAAUCACAAGGUUCGUCGUCACAAUUAACGAAGAAUCGUUUAGCCUCUGUGUCAAAUCCGACACACACUUCGGAGGAAGUUGAACGGUUAAAGCCUUCGUAUAGCACCGAAGAAUUAAAUCAGGAAAUGGCCAACUUAGAAGGUCUUAUGAAAGAUCUAAAUGCCAUAACAGCAUCGGAAUUUGAAUGCUAAACAUCGCGUUCUUACGGUGUAUUUUUGAUAAUGCGAGCAGGCAAGUAUUAUGCCGCGAUUGGCUGUUUGAAGAGGCUCGACGAAUGCUUUCGUGUUAUAGACGUUUACAGUGUAAUCGCGUGUAAAUAUGCUGGAUGCAUAUUCUGAUCGGGACAUAAAUUAUUUCGAUUACAACGUGUUUUUCUACGGUGUGUGAAAGCUAAUAUACGAUGAUCAAGUAAUCAAAUCGCAUGAGCAAAAAACGUCGCGAUGUUUUUUUUUCGUCAUUUAUAUGAAUAUAAUAUUCUUUUACGAAUGUUGAUCCAAGCGAACUUGUUUCAAGAGAGAGGAAGAAAAUCGCUUUAUCCUGGCGAAAAGCUCAUGCGUCGCUUGUCGUUAUUAUUCUAUACUCAUAUAAUUAAUCUUCGACUCAAAAGAAUCCUGAAGGGAAGACCGAACUUCGACGGAAUCGCUGUUUUAUCAAUUCAAUAGGACUUACACACAAGGUUUUACUAAACUAUACAGGUUGCCUCAUCGGCGAGUUUAUGAACAGGGGAUGUAUCAGCAAAAUGGGAUGUCACCGUGAAUCCCAGUUUGUCAACUGAAUGACAAAGGUAUCGCCCAGUUAACGCUAAAUAUUCGUAGAAAGUUUGAUUUGCAAUGUGCCGAAUAUUUUAGAAUAGUAACAGAAUUGGUGUAGAAUUUACGAAUGUCGAUAAAAUGUUCAAAAUAUUGUAUGAAUAUUCCUUGUAUAUAUCACUUGCGAGCGAGCAGUACACAUUUUCGUCGACAGGGGCAUUUACUCGUAAAAAAGAAUCACGUAGAAGUGAGAAUACAAGGAAUGCAUUCAAAGAGACGCUAUUUAUGUCAUUUUAUCUCCAUUACUCAUUAGAAUUACAAGAAUCGCAGCAUUUCGCCUAUGAAAUGAGCCCCAAAAUUGGACUUCAAA